UUAUCUCUCCUCUCCAAGCAUCAAAUAGUCCAAAGAAGUUCCAAAGGAGCGAACUUGAUCCAGAGCUCUAAGCAUCAAGCACAAUCCUCUUUUGCCAGAUUGUCUGUGAUCGAGUCCAAUUUGAGGCGACUCACCUUCUUCUGUCGUAGCGCUAGGAAAUCCCAAAAAAGAAUUUGGAAAGAAGAUAAGAAAGGAUUCCGGAGGAGCGAAUUUGCUUUAGAGAUAAGGCGUUUAUCGUGUGAAUUUCUGUGUGUCUACUCCAACCUAGGGUUUCGAUUCGCUUUCCCUGAACAAAACCUAGCUGAAGCCAAUAGCCCUCCACAGUUCUUCGCCGAUGGAUCCCUCUUCCGAUCACAUGGAUAUAUUCGACGUCUACAGCCGAUUCUGCGACAUUAAAUCUGGAAUUGCUUCUGCGCGUGCGGAAAGAGGUCUGAGACAAGGUGACAAGUCUGAAACAGCAAAAUUUUCGAGGGAGGCAUUGGCUCAGCUCUUAAAAUAUGUUGAAUUGAGAUUGCCAAUGAGGGAUUCAAUUUUUAAUGAGCUCUUCAAGCUUAUGUUGCGAUUGAACUUGCUGGCUGAUUUUGCAGAGUUUGCAUGCUUCUAUGAGUUUGUUUUCUUCAUCUGCCGUGAAAAUGGACAAAAAAACAUCACUGUAAGCAAGGCUAUUACUGCCUGGAAACUUGUAUUAGCUGGGAGGUUUCGACUGCUUAACCAGUGGUGCGAAUAUGUUGAGAAAAACCAGCGAUACAACAUCUCCGAAGAUACUUGGCAGCAAGUUCUAGCAUUUAGCCAUUGCGUACAUGAAACUCUAGAAGGUUAUGAUCCUGCAGGUGCUUGGCCUGUCUUAAUAGAUGAUUUCGUUGAGCAUAUGUACAGGGUAUCGGGAUCCAGCAACAACACUAACUUCCAUUGUACCUGUGACGAUUCAGAACCUCACGAUGACCCUCUCCCCAGAUUGAAGAGCUAUCAUGGUUUGAAGAGGAAGUUUAAUGACGAGGUCACAAAGGUUAGUGAGGGACUUUCAGAAACGUGCAUUGAGGACUCCACCCACGAUCAUUGGUCCGUGAUUUCCAAGAGAAGGCAAAAGGUGAAUUCGUCUUCAGCCUUCGAGGAUAGCCCUCUGACCGAUACUCCUGAUGACUGCAUGGAAAAUGUCAGACACAGUAGUCCUCUUGGCGCCAAGUCUCCAUGUGCAGUCGAAGGUUGCUUAUCAAAGGGCUUCGCUGGGCUCUUCUCCGGGCAUUCCUAUUUGCCAUACGACGGGGAAAGAAGAGUUUCCUACACGUGAGAGGUGUUAUUUUAUCUAUAAAGCGGGUUUUGGUAGAUGACGUAGUUUCCAUAUACCGAUUGCUAUGCUUGGGGUGACCAUUCUUGCGCUCUCAUGCCAUCUUUUCCUGGGUUCCCCACUUUGAAGUACUUUUGCCUGUUACAAGUAAGAAGUGAUCUGGUCCAUGGGUAACGAUAUGAUUUUGUCAAAUGCCAAUAUUACAUUUACUCAGAACGAUUAUUGAGUAUUUGUUCUUUUUCCUUUUCUUUG